AUGACUUUCGAUGUUGACAGCGCCUUGCUUUGGGAACUUGCCCAGGACUCAGCGCAAGAGGUCGCCUACGAAAUUCAGGAUACCGCUUCCCAAAAGGUCGGGGAAUUGCUGCAGGGCCUCGAGCUGUUGUGCACGUGGCCUCCCAAAGCUGCAUCACACUUGGGUAGCAAAGAUCCUUCUACGCAGUUCCCUACCCUCUAUGCCUUGACGUCCAGGCACGUUGAGCAGGUGCGAUACCCAGACGGGAUAGUUCAGCUUGAACGCAGCCUGAUAGCCUUUGUUUCAAGCGACGCCCACAUGGUUAAGGGCUAUUUCUCGUUUCUCAAAAGAUUUUCAUCAACCAGAGACGAGCUCCAAAAACAGGCGCAGGCAACUCAAGCAGACAUUGCCGGACCAUCCGCGAAAGGCCUCGAGAUACCGGACGAUUACCCAGCCCAUGUCCACCAAACCUUGUAUGAAAUCGUGAAGAAGUACUCGCAGUGUUGUUGCGCAGUCUCGGGUGUACUGCCGAGUCCCUUGAAACGGCACGAUGGCUGGCUGAGGCUGAAGGAGAAUUUCCAGACCAGCGAUGACGAUGUUGUUUUCGAUGCUGUUUUCUCCAGGACUCCACAGCGCGAGCCAAACGACAGAAUCGAAUGGCAGCAUCUGCAAUUCCACAUUGCAAGGAAUCAGCCACGCCUGAGAGGUGUGGAAUUCGCCCCAGCCGCGAAAGCCCAGUAUGAGGGCACAAUCAAAUCUACCAGUCAGUUCUGCGAGCUCCUCAGAAAACGAGUCUGUCCCGUCAAAAUAUGUCUGAAGGUCAGAGGCGACAAGCUAUUGCAGCUGCGCGACCCCAAAGGAGUCGACGACGACAUCGCUCAGGAGCAAAACAUCUCGCUUGCAGACGUGCUCGAGCGCCACGACCUAUGUGCCAAGAAAAGGUUGCUGCUCGCCUACAUCCUAGCCAGGUCCUUUUGGCAGUUCUACAACUCAGAUUGGAUGGGUAACCAGUGGACGACAGAGACUGUGCAGUUUUUCCGGGAGCGGGAUGGCGAAGACGACGACGACGAACACCACAAUAAUGUCUGCCUGCUCGAAGAAAGCCCGUACGUUGCGCUGUCCUUCCAGAAAUACAAUUCGUUGCUAUCGGCAGAAUAUCUUGCCACUGAAUAUGUGGUUCACCGCUACCCUCGCGUCCUGGCAUUGGGUACCAUGCUCCUCGAAAUUGGGCGGAGGAAACGCCGCAAAAAGACGACGCCAGGGCAUGCAAAUGAUGAAGUCAAGACUAUCGAGGAGAAGAUCAGCAAUUAUUUGAACGAUAUAAGGAGCACCUUGAGACGGAAGACGUGGCCCGAACUUGGUCUCCAAGAAGAGGUGCAACAAACGUACAGAGUCAUCGUCAAUAACUGUUCGGACCCGAAGCUCUUUGACACUGGCCAUACGAACCCGUCAGCACAAGACAACGAUGUGCUCACAAUUGAAGAAAGACGCGCUAUUUUCUAUAAAAGCGUCAUUUCUCCCCUGAAGAAGCUUCUUGAGAAAUUGCAAUGGAUCGACAAGUCGGGGAACAUUCAACGUCAGGAUGGCGUCGAGGACUCUCGCAUACCAGCGGCCUUUCUCAAUGCUGAGCAGGCAUCCAACGCAUCUCAGCCAGGCUUCAAAGCUCGGCAGUGGCUUCUCAAGAUUCAGAACUCGCCAGUCACAAAAGAUCUCUGCUGGGGAUUCGUAAAAAAUCCAUCUCUUGAACGAAUUCGAAUUGCCGAUCCGGACCGGAAGCGCCGGGUCAGGGAAUGGAAAGACUACGUAGUCGACGAAUCAAGGACGAGGGUGGAUGAGGAUGGACACGGAACGCACGUCUUGUCGCUUCUGAUGAAAGUAGCUCCCGCAGCCAACUUUUACGUUGUGCGAGUUGCACGAGACACCCAGGAUUUGGCCCAUUCCACCAGCAAUAUUGCCAAGGCAAUUAUGUGGGCAGCUGGGGAACAAAAAGUCGAUAUAAUCUCCAUGUCAUUUGGAUUUGACGAAGAGGCUGUCAUCCAAGGCAAGCCGGUCAUCAGCAAUGCCAUAUCGGACGCCCUACGAAUGAGAAACCAGCGCAUCCUCUUCUUCGCAGCUGCGGCCAACGAAGGGGGAAACCAGCCUGAGAUGUUCCCUGCCAGGCACCCACAGGUCAUUUCGAUACGAGGGACGGACGACAAGGGAUGGCUCCAGCGCUUCAACCCCCCGCCGGGCUAUGCGGGUUUCGACUGCUUCAUGACGCUCGGCCAAGACGUCCCGGGCGCCGGGCUCAGUAGCAGAGACGGCGGGUUUGAAGUGUGCAAGUCCGGAACGUCCUUCAGCACUCCGAUAGCCGCGGGAAUAGCUGCCAUGCUGCUCGCUGUGGACAGUUCCUGUCAUGCGCAAGAUGUUGAGAAAGAUGUCGACGGAAAUGUUAGACAACUGGUAUUACUUGUCAGCGGAGGAGUUUACGAAACGCCAUCACCACCUCAAGUUAAGCAUGAUUGCUUUGGAGUUUUGAUUAGGGGCUAACAGUUGGGAACUUGAUCCAAAAGAAAUCUAGCCUAACACAUACUCAUACAAGAGUAUUCAUAUUCGAACUGUGAAUUCAAAG